AUGUAUAAUGGAGUAAAAAAGUUCGGAUCCUAGGUUUUGUUUAAGCUCUUUGCGAUUCUUUCUUGCUUAGCAGAGUUCGGUUCCUAUAUUCCGAAGUUAUAUUAGUUCGGAUCCUAGGUUUUUAAAAAUAAAAAAAUACAAGUCUAGGGAUAAUUUAAUUUGGGUAUUAUAAUUAAAUAUUUUAUUUUUGAGGGGUGUGAUCAGAAAAUGAGUGGGUAAAACCAGAAAAAUCUAAGCUAUAAUUUGAUUCUUCUUCUCCAAAAAACGAAAAAGCGCCAUAACCAUAACCAUAGCAUAUUUCAGGUUCUGAUCAAAUUGAAUGCGCAGAAACCAAUAACCGUUCAACAUGUUGUGGAGUUCUGUUACUCUCGCGGUUGCUCGGAACAAAACCGUCCAAGUUUUCCGGCACAAUCUCACUCUCCUCCUCCGCCGCCGCCGCAACUUCUCCACUACAGGUCUCUAUGGUAUCUCUCAUUUGAAAUCCCCAAAAGGUUUCCAAUCUUUCGUAGAUGAAGCCAUUCAAAGGUCUGGAGAACUUGUCAGUUACAUUUCUACGAAGCCAUCAGCUUCCGAAAUCAUGCGAGCAAUGGAUGAAAUUUCUGACACUGUUUGUUCUGUUGUUGACUCUGCUGAAUUGUGUAGGCAAACCCAUCCAAACAGAGAAUUUGUUGAGGAGGCUGACAAGGCAUCGAUGAAAAUUAAUGAAUAUCUACAUUAUCUAAACACAAGCCAUGAUCUCUAUGACGCGAUGAAGAAAGCCGAGCAAGAAUGUCAUAUGCUUUCUGAAGAAACUCAAAGGGGAAUUAAAAGCUUACGUGUUGACAUGGAAAGGGGUGGAAUUCAUCUUUGCCCUGAGAAAUUAGAUCGAGUGAACAAACUAGAUAUUGAAAUUUCUCACCUAUGCAGAGAGUACACUGAAAAUAUUGUCAUAGACCCAGGAACUGUUGAUAUAUAUCCUUCAUCUCGCAUCCCCAAAAAUUUGCAUCAUCUUGUCAAGCCUAUCUAUCAAUCAGAACCUUUAAUAACUAAGGAUUUAUCAGGGCCCAAAGGCACCUCUAACGAGAGAGGAUUUCGAAUUACAACAGACCCACGAACACUUGAUUCUGUGCUGCAGUUGUCAUCGGAUGAUGAGGUUAGGAAACUGGUAUAUAUACGAGGAAAUUCUGUUCCACAUGCAAAUGUUGAUGUCCUCAAGAGGCUUAUAUCUGCUCGAGAUGAGCAAGCUCAGAUAAUGGGGUGUGGAUCUUAUGCGGAACUUGCUGUUAAGCCCAACAUGGCUUCAUCACCGAAAGUUGUGAUGUCAUUUUUACUUGAAAUGAGCAAGAUGGUCCAGGCAAAGUCUACAGAGGAGCUCAACCUACUUACAAAAUUCAAGAGAGAAAAAUGUGGUCAUAGUGGCGGAGAUUUAAGGCCGUGGGAUGAAGCCUAUUACACAACAUUGAUGAAGUCCUCUCUUUAUAAAUUGGAUUCCUCGGUUGUAUCAUCAUAUUUUUCUUUGUCAAACUGUAUUGAGGGUUUGAAAGUACUGGUGAAGUCAUUGUUUGGUGUAACCUGUCACAGAAUCCCUCUUGCACCUGGUGAAUCUUGGGAUCCACAAGUGCUUAAACUGUGUCUUCAUCAUCCUGAGGAGGGUGACUUGGGAUAUCUCUACCUCGAUUUGUACUCAAGAAAGGGAAAGUAUCCUGGUUGUGCUCAUUUUGCAAUUAAAGGGGGUCGCAGGAUUUCUCAAACAGAAUACCAACUUCCUAUUGUAGCUCUUGUUUGUAAUUUUUCAGGUUCACGGAAUCCAUCAGCUGUAAGGCUUAAUCAUUGGGAAGUGGAAACCCUAUUUCAUGAGUUUGGGCAUGCUCUUCAUUCACUUCUUUCGAGAACGGACUACCAACAUUUUUCAGGCACAAGAACGGUUCUUGAUUUUGCAGAAAUACCAUCCAACCUCUUUGAAUACUAUGCAUGGGAUUAUCGAGUUUUGAAAACCUUUGCUAGACACUAUUCAACAGGUGAAGUAAUCCCACGAAAACUGUUCGAGUCAAUGCUGGGUGCCAAAAAUAUGUUUGCCGCAACUGAUCUGCAACGUCAGAUCUUCUAUGCCCUAGUUGACCAGACACUAUUUGGGGAGCAGGCACUCCCUCUUGGUGAUAGUAGUUCUGUUGUUGCAGAACUGAAAAGAAAACAUACCAAUCUGGAACAUAUAGAAGGCACACACUGGGAGGCCCGAUUUAGUCAUCUCCUUAAUUAUGGUGCAGGGUAUUAUAGCUAUUUGUAUGCCAAAUGUUUUGCUGCAACCAUAUGGAAGAAGUUGUGCCAGGAGGAUCCGUUAUCACCGAUUGCAGGCAGUGCUCUAAGAACAAAGUUCUUGCAGCAUGGAGGAGCCAGAGCACCUGCUGUUAUAUUAAAUGAUCUAGUACCGGAUGGUAUAUAUAGGUAUUAUGAUGGAGGGAUAAUCCCUGAUAUUUCAAGUCUCUGCGAGGAAAUGGAACUCGGGGAAGAACAUUAGCAAAAAGUACAUUUGUUGUGAGCUUUAAAGAAAAAAUUGGACAGGACCCAUCAAGCACUGAGCAAAAGAGAUAUCACCAACAGAAGCACGUUGCACAUGAAGUAGCACUAACUGGAUUGAGUUAUGUGGGCGUCUGCGAAUAUCAAUGGCGGCAUCCUGAAGUCGGGAAAGCUUUCCAGAUAAUGUUUUUUCCUUGGGGUCCCAUUCCAAAUUUCGAUCAGUCAGAAUUUGCUUAGGAUAGGGUUUUUGAUUGUGUCUAUGAAUAUCUUCUCAUGAUCGUUUUAUACUAAAAAAAAAAGGCUCACAUUUGAGAAUGCAUUCUUGGCACAAUUUCUCCUCACAUUUUUUAUUUUUUUGGUAUAACUCCUCACAUUUAUAAUGACAGAGGUUAGAAAUGUAACAAAUUUUUGCAUAUAUGUCAUUAUUGGACCGGUGAAUUAAUGUACUAAUAACUAAUCUCUAACGUGAUUAAUUUUGAAUUUAAAUUUUAAUCUUUUUUUGGUGGUGAUUUACAUUUUAAUCCCCA